AACCCCAAAGGCCUAGGGCUUAUGUUCACUGUCUCGUAUUAACAGUAACAAUUGCUUUCCAGUUCGGCAUUUCGUGAUUUCAUCUUUGCCUUUCGUCUUCUUAAAUUUCAGCAUCUGGAGUUUGAGCUACUCCAUCGAUCUUAAUGAAAGGCAGGGCUUUUAUUCUCAUCUUUCUCCUUCUAUCUUCGAAUUUCUCAUUUUCGCAUUCGAAGGAAACCAAAAACAAGUUUAGAGAGCGGGAGGCCACCGAUGAUUCCCUCGGCUACCCCAAUGUGUACGAGGAUGAGUUGUUGAAUACACAGUGCCCUCAGCAUUUAGAGCUGCGAUGGCAGACAGAAGUUAGUUCUAGCAUAUAUGCCUCACCAUUGAUUGCGGAUAUAAACAGUGAUGGGAAGCUUGAAGUGGUCGUUCCUUCUUUUGUUCAUUACUUGGAAGUUCUUGAAGGUUCUGAUGGGGAUAAAGUUCCGGGGUGGCCGGCGUUCCAUCAAUCAACUGUACAUUCUAGUCCUUUCCUAUUUGACAUUGACAAGGACGGUGUAAGAGAAAUAGGCUUAGCCACAUACAACGGUGAGGUUCUUUUUUUCAGGGCAUCUGGCUAUGUGAUGUCUGACAAACUAGUGAUUCCGCGGCUUAAAGUUAAAAAGGAUUGGUAUGUGGGUUUACAACCAGAUCCUGUAGAUCGCUCUCAUCCAGAUGUUCAUGAUGGCCAGCUCAUUGAAGAUGCGCUCAUCGAAUCACUAACCCGACAAAAUAGAAGUGCUACUCAUGGUGGAAACGGUUCUCACACAACUGGAGAAAUUCAUUCUCAACUGAAUUUGACUACCAAGGAAGCUCAUCAUGAAAAAUUGUCUACACCUAAGGAAGCUCAGCUCGAAAAUACGAAUGGUUCAAUUUCUUUGCCAAAUGGAGUUUCCAAUAACACCGUGAAUGCAACAUAUGUGGAUAACCAAAGGGUGAGAAGUGACAAUCAAACAGAUCCUGACACUAAUAUGUCAGAGAACAUUACAAACACGUCCAUCGGUUCUUCAAAUGAAACAAUUACCAAUGUUGAGAAGGCUCACACUAGGAGAAGCCUUCUUGAAGAAAAAUCUGGUGACCAGAAUGGUCAUGCUGCCACUGUGGAAAAUGAUGGUGGCUUAGACACAGAUGCCGAUUCAUCCUUCGAUUUAUUCCGAGAUAAUGAUGAGCUGGCUGAUGAAUAUAAUUAUGAUUAUGAUGAUUAUGUUGAUGAGAACAUGUGGGGAGACGAGGAGUGGGCCGAAGAAGAACAUGAAAAGUUAGAAAAUUAUGUGAAUGUUGAUGCACAUGUUUUGUCCACUCCAGUUAUAGCGGACAUUGACAAGGAUGGUGUUUCAGAAAUGGUUGUUGCAGUGUCGUACUUCUUUGACCACGAAUACUAUGAUAAUCCUGAACACUUGAAUGAACUCGGAGGUUUAGAAAUUGGAAAAUAUGUUGCUGGUGGUAUUGUCGUUUUUGAUCUGGAUACCAAGCAGGUUAAAUGGAGCACACAGCUGGAUCUGAGUACUGAUACGGGAACAUUCCGUGCCUACAUAUACUCUUCUCCCACAGUAAUUGAUCUAGAUGGUGAUGGAAAUCUAGAUAUCCUGGUUGGAACUUCAUACGGUUUGUUUUAUGUGUUGGAUCACAAAGGCAAAGUGAGGGAGAAAUUUCCUCUUGAAAUGGCGGAAAUCCAAGGGGGAGUAGUUGCUGCUGAUAUCAAUGAUGAUGGCAAGAUUGAGCUAGUCACAACUGACACGCAUGGAAAUGUAGCCGCAUGGACUGCACAAGGCAAAGAAAUAUGGGAAACACAUCUCAAGAGUCUCAUUCCCCAGGGUCCCACAGUAGGCGAUGUUGAUGGAGAUGGCAAUACCGAUAUUGUUGUUCCAACACUUUCGGGCAAUAUAUAUGUCUUAAGUGGCAAGGAUGGUUCGAUUGUGCGGCCAUACCCUUAUCGAACUCAUGGUAGGGUGAUGAAUCAAGUCCUUCUAGUCGACCUGAGCAAGAGAGGAGAUAAGAAGAAAGGACUUACUCUUGUCACUACAUCAUUUGAUGGAUAUUUGUAUCUAAUAGAUGGACCGACAUCAUGUGCCGAUGUUGUGGAUAUUGGAGAAACUUCAUACAGCAUGGUACUGGCUGAUAAUGUUGACGGAGGAGAUGACCUUGAUCUCAUAGUGACAACAAUGAAUGGAAACGUCUUCUGCUUCUCGACUCCUUCUGCACACCAUCCCCUCAAAGCUUGGAGAUCAUCUAAUCAGGGACGGAACAAUGCUGCAUAUCGCUUUAAUCGUGAAGGUGUAUAUGUUACUCCAUCAUCUAGAGUAUUCCGUGAUGAGGAGGGAAAAAACUUCUGGGUUGAAAUAGAGAUCGUAGAUCGACACAGGUUUCCAUCUGGGUCUCAAGCUCCAUAUAAUGUCACGGUAAGCUUGUUGGUUCCUGGAAAUUAUCAAGGGGAGAGGACAAUGAAGCAGAACCAGAUAUACAGGGUGCCCGGGAAGCAGCGGAUUAAACUGCCAACAGUGGCGGUUAGGACUGGUGGGACCGUGGUGGUGGAGAUGGUGGACAAGAAUGGAGUUUAUUUCUAUGAUGACUUCUCCAUCUCAUUCCACAUGCACUAUUACAAGCUCUUGAAAUGGCUUCUCGUGCUUCCGAUGCUGGGGAUGUUUGGGGUUCUGGUCAUUCUUCGUCCGCAGGAAGCAGUUCCCCUCCCAUCAUUUUCACGCAAGACUGACUUAUGAUGUGUUUAUGUGGUUCCCAAGUCUAUUAUCACAUCACAGAUAGUGUGACUCAUUCAGUCCCAGAAAGAGAGACCCUCCAAAGUACUGUAAAACCAAGAGAUUCUUACUGCCGAGGGACAUUCGCCCAGGUUUGAUCAAAGUCAAGCAAGCCAUGGGUGUAAUAUUAUGAGAAUUCUCCGUUUUCUUGGAAAGUUGUAUGUGUAGUGGAAACUCCUAAACUUUUGAUCAAAUUACUAUCCUUAAAACCCAUUGAAAGACACACCGUUUACAGAUCGACUAGAGUAAGUAUGCUUUCCCUACGCGCUUUUCUUGCCCAUCUGCUUAUAUUUUGGGGUUAAAUAUAUUUGGAAGGUCUGUAACGAGGAUAUUGUUAUCGGCACCAAUGUUGUCUCGUGAGUGAUAUGAUGAGAGUUACAGUGGUAAUUAAUCACUCUAUUCAGG